CUCUUUUCUUCUCAAGUCUAUAACCAGAAGCCAUGUAUGGCAACACAUUAAGCAGGGAAGCAGAUCUUCCAUGCAAGGUUUGGCGUUCUCUCCCUCCUGAGCCUGCAGAGCAGAGUGGACUCAGCAAUGAAGAUUAUGAUAACUGCAGCGCAGAAAGUGACUAUGACAGUAUCUCGCUACCUUGUGAAAGGAAGACACCGGCUAAACCGUUGGAUCCUGAUAUUCAGGCUGCUACUGGUCCAUCCAUCUGUUCUCCAGCCCAAUGGAAAAAGUACUGGAAAAGAAACCAAAUCGGUGUACUCUUGAUCCUCACUGGUAUCUGCUUCUUCCUUAUUGUCCUCUUCCUCCUCCUCUCAUAUACUUCAAUACUUCUAGAACUCAGGUCGCUAAAUUUGAACUCCACAAAAGAGGGCUGUGAUGCUUCCCCAGCACCAUUCAAUUUCACAGAACUAGAGACCAAUUUUAUAACCAAACUCAAAAGCUUAGAACAACGAUUUGAUGAGAAGAGAAACAUCAGCCUGCAGAAAAUGGAAGAACAACUACUCAGAAUAGAAAUAAAAUUAAAUAUACUACAAAACUGCAGAGAUAUUUCAUGGCAGAGAUUUGAGACAAAUGCUUACUACUUCUCUGACACAGAACAAAAUUGGGAGAUGGCAAAAGAAAAAUGUGCUGAGCAUGAUUCUCACCUUGUCAUUAUUAAUACCAAGAAAGAGCAGGAUUUUGUGACUCGGAAUUUAAAAUCCUCCAUCUGGCUUGGCUUAACUGAUACCGAAGAAGAAGGAACUUGGCGUUGGGUUGAUGGAUCACUACCAGUAGAACGGAGCUGGAGACAAGGUGAACCCAAUAAUGGUGGGCAAAAGGAUGAAGAUUGUGCUGUCCUAUAUAAAGAGGGAAAGUGGAAUGACAUUCGCUGUGAUACACAUGUUAAGUUUGUAUGUGAGAAGGAAAACGUCUCUGUGUAUUGACUUUCCUUGUAUGUGUCUCCUAAUCCAAGAGGGUUUUUCUUUUCCUAAUUUGGUACAGAAUUCCCAGUAUAAUAUUUAUAUGGGUAAUUAAGAUCAGCACAUGUUGCCUUGGUUAUUUAGUAAUUCUGUUUAAGCAGGACUUUUAGUGAUAGCUCAUAUAUACGGUAUACCUUUCAUAAAGUUUCUUCUCAUAAAACCAGUCCUCUGCAUGAAACAACUUUGUUACUUGUUCACUAAGACUGUUUUCAAUAUCACUAUAACUUUGCUGAAAUGCAGGUAGAGCAGCUUGGUAGGUGAACAUUUAAAGUAAAAUAAAAAUUGCUGUAUUCCCUAAAAAGAUAUACAAUUCCCUACCCUCUUUUUUAAAACUCCAGAUUAUUUUACACUUUGCUAUAUAUUCCCUAGGCUUUAUUUCAGUUGACAGAGCCAUUUAGCAAAGCCAUUUGGAUUCUGUGUCUCCUACAGGUAUCUUAUUGUUCUGAUCUAAGGAGCAUCACCUGUAGCUUUUGAUGGGAUAAUCGCACAAAAAUAAUCUUUUUUAAAAGUGCCAACACCAUUGACAAUGCUUCAUGGGAACGGUCCUCCAUUUUUGAUCCAAGAUUAAUUCUUAAGAAUAGAACUGUGGUGGUGCAGUGGUUAGAAUGCAGUAUUGCAGGCUAAUUCUGUCAACGGCCAGGAGUUCAGUUCUGACUGGCUCAAGAUUGACUCAGCUUUCCCUCCUUCCAAGAUUGGUAAAAUGAGGACCCAAAUUGUUGAGGGCAAGAGGCUGACUCUGUAAACUGCUUAGAGACAGCUGUAAAGUACUACAAAGCAGUACACAAGUAUUGCUCGACUUACAAGAGUUUAUUUAAUGACUGUUCAAAAUUACACUGAAAAAAGUGAUUUAUGACUAUUUUUUACACUUAUGACCGCUGUAGCAUCCCCAUGGUCACAUGAUCAAAAUUCAGAUGCUUGACAACUGACUCAUAUUAUGACAGUCAGUGUCCUGGUUUAUGUGAGGUUUUGCAGCCUUCUGACAAGGUCAAUGGGGUCAUUCCACGUCAAGUGGUCUGAUUUCAGAAAAGUGCCCUGCUCGACCAUCACGGAUUUUGAUGAAAUUUUGUGUGAACACGCACACAUGUCCCCAAUGAACAUUGGUAAAGUGUUAUGUUUGCCGAUGCAAUACUUGGGGAGAUAUAGUCAUUUGUUUGACCCCAUACCGCAGCCUUCUACAGUAUGACUGAGAUUCCAGCAACUUUGAGACGUAAUAUCUCUGGCAAUAUUUUGUUGAGAGAAACAAAACUUGGCCAUCUUGUACAACCUUUUGUGCUCUAUUAAACAAAAUAAUAAACACAUUUUCACAAGAGAUCUUCAUCUAGAUAAUUUGGAGCAAAGUUGGCCAAAAAUAUUGAGGCUCAAAAAAAAGUUUAAAGUUUGGCUUUUUAUAUUUGCGCAUAAUAACUUAGCAACACAAGGUUUUCAAAUAUAAAAUUUCAUUCUCCUACUGCUUUCCAAUAGUUUACAAAUUGAGUGUAAAGUUGACAGUUUUUGUAAAAACACCAAAAAUAGGG